AUGGAGAAUCGUCGACACCCCGUUUUCGUUCGGGGGACACAUCUCUCUCACCCCCAGUACAGCAAGUACAGUCCACAAGAGCGAGAGACAUGCCCGAAACCCCCGCCACCGCCCCCGCCAAAAGCUAAAGAUGAUAGCGUAUUCUGGGGCGCCAUCGCCGUUGUUUUCCUUGCCGCUGGAUUCGCUGUUAUUGCUAAACGUUCCCCCGAGAUACGCGAUUGGUUAACAAUCCACGCGCCCUGGUUCGACGAUUUCAUAGCGAUAAUGUAUGAAGAAAACAUGACGUACUCUGACUUCGCGGAGAAAUGUACCGAGGACUUGAGGAGUUAUAUAGAGAACAUUGGCAGAGAUGACAAACCCAAAAACUGUUCCUUGGAGGGUGAUUCUGGAAAACCGACUAUAACGGUACCUGAAAGGCACGAAGUAGAAACAGUAAAGAUACGAGAAGACGGAAAAGAGUGCGUAAUUGUACCACCACCAGUCAUAACCAAGAACAUCUGUGAGGUCGAGGAGUGUUUGAUCGACCUAGCCGAGACUGUCCUCAAUAACUACUACACGGCUACUGAAGCAUGCGUAUACUAUAAUAAAGUAGUUGAGGAGGCUAUGCAGAACUUUUCAAUACCAACAGUUAAGAAGCUGCACGAUCAAAUGGCGGAGAGGAUAGAUCUGGUCAAUACGUCAAUUAACAACGUCAAUAUUGCGCUUGCUGAUCUAGAUAAUCUCAACCAUUAUUUCGAAUGUGGAGUAAAAGCACCGAAGGAAGCAAUGUGCAACAUUCGGGGGCUUAUAAACGACUACCAGAAGAAGUUGAAGAUAUCUCGCAUCAAAUAUGAGUGGGAGAACGAUAAGUCAAUAGCUAUGGAUCAGCAUUGGCAGAGGGUUGAGGCUGCGGUGGACAAAUAUACAGACGAGAACCAAACAAUGUUCCCGGAGAUAAAGUACGUCCAAGAUAAACUGCAAUUAGUGGGAGAUCCAGACCUAUUGCUCUAUCACACCUACAGAUAUUCACAAAAAUUGAAGGAAGAACUCAAUAACUCGGUGGUGGGCAUGACAGAGCGGGUGAACAGAGCAAUGGAUAAUCUUCCACCGAACAAAGCGCGAGACGCACAGCUACAAGCUGUGCUAAGAGAAAAGAGGACGGCAAUGGACAAAGAGUUCAGGCAGAGGGUAUAUUCAUCUUCAAUAAACAACAAUUGGUUUCACCAUCAUCAGCCCAUACAUUGUGAAGCACAAGUAAAGAACAAUGAUAAGAUAUUGAAGGAUUCAUUAAAAAAACAAUGCGACAGACAUCAAGAAGUGUUGAAGCAGAAGUUGAUACAAAAAGAAAAAGAGGCAACAGUGAAACUUAAUAAAAUGGUUGCUGAGAAAGUGGCAUUCGAAAAAAAUAUAUUUAAAAGACAAUUAGCUGACAUGGCUGCAAAACUGAAAGUCGUUGAGGAUAAACUUAAUGCUCAUUUAAAAGCUGAGCGAGAAACUAAAAGAUCACAAGAGCUGUGGGUGGCUGGUGCUUCCCUCCUCCGUGCUACUAAAAAGGGGGAAGAUAGAGUCCGAGUAGACAAAGAAUUAAAGGCUAUUGAAAAGGCAUCUGGGGAAGGAGAUAAACUAGUGGAAACUGUGUUAAAAGCGAUACCAGAGUCCGUUCGAAAGAACGGUAUAGUACCAGAGAGCGUGCUUCGAGAAAGAUACCAUCGGAUGGAAAGCGUAGCGUUAAAGGUUGCUCUGGUUGAGCAUGACGGAGCCCCCUUACCAGUUUACUUCUUAUCGUGGAUACAAUCUGCUCUGUUGUUUAUGAAGAUGUCAGGUAUUCCACAAGCGGAAAUAGACAAUCCACCGAAAGAGCCCUUCAAAGGUUUGGACACGUUCGAUUUGUUACAACGAGCAAGAUUUUGGAUGGAGCGCGGGAACUUGGCAGCCGCAAUACGCUAUGUCAGUUCUCUGGAGGGGGCGUCCAGAGCUGCAGCUGCAUCGUGGACUGAGGAUGCACGCUCCCACCUGGAGACGAGGCAAGCGGCCGAAGCAGUGUUGGCCCACGCGGCGGCGUUGGGCUUGCAGUACAUUUAAAUUGUGGAAAAUUAUUGUGGACGAUGUAUAUUGAAAUUUGUUGUUAGUGUGGAAUAAAUUUCAAAAGUAAA